GACAGCAAACGUCAAAUUUGAUUUCAGAUGUUUUGAUUUCAUUUUGAGGUUAUCUUACAAUUUCGUUUAAUUUAUAUUGUGAUUCAGUUUAAUAACUUAAUCACAAUAUAUUUAACAUGACUUCUGCAUUAAUAAGUGCUAUUAAGAAACUCCACAUUUCUGUGGUGCCACAAAUUAGAGUAUAUUCAUCAAACGUUGCUGCUGCUGCAACAUCGAGCGCAAACAACUUGUCUAUCACUAAAAAGGACUGGGGUUUCCAACCUCAGUACACAAAACCCCGUGAAGUAUGGAUUGAAAACUUGGAUACUGUAGAAGAACAAAAAUUGGGGUUAUUUGAACUGCAUCCUUUGGUAUUCGCGGCUCCUCCACGUAUAGACAUUAUAAACCAGAAUGUCGUCUGGCAAAGGAAGAUUAGGUUCGUAUCGUGGGCUCACACGAAGACUAGGGCCGAAGUGCGAGGUGGAGGUAGGAAGCCGUGGCCACAGAAGGGCUUGGGUCGCGCUCGCCAUGGAUCAAUUCGUUCUCCAUUAUUCCGUGGAGGUGGUAUAGCGCACGGACCCCGUGCUGGUAAAUCCCAUUUCUUUAUGCUGCCCUUCCACCUCCGAGUACAUGGCCUUACUACAACUUUGUCAGCCAAGUUGGCUCAAGAUGAUUUGCAUAUUGUAAAAGAUUUGGAACUGCCUACGGAUGAUCCUGAGUAUCUAAAUGAGCUCAUAGAAAAGAGGAACUGGGGACCUUCAGUGUUGCUGGUCGAUGACACUGACCUAGCACCUAGGAAUAUAAUAGCAGCAUCAGACACCAUGGGUCACAUAAACGUUAUGCCAGUGUAUGGUCUGAAUGUAUACUCCAUGUUAAAACAUGAUACCCUGGUACUAACACUGUCGGCGGCAGAGAAGAUUGAAGAAAGACUUCUACACUGGCUGCAUGCAAAUACAACUAAAGAACAACAACCAUUUAAAUUGAGCCAGGUGUAAGAUCUUUGAAAGGAAGCCAUUAUUGUUGAAAUACUAUGACCAGAAAAAAAUAUUACCACCAUACUCAGAGUCAUUUAAUGGUUACUUAACCUUAUCCUUAGCAAUUGUUUUUGGAACAAAAUCGUUACUAAGGAUCAUAAGUAAGCAUUAAAUGUCUCUUGAGUACAGCAGUUAAUAUUUUAAAUACAUAAAAAUGUUCACAGCAUCUCUUAUCCAACAUCUUGUAUUUUUGUCCUGUUUAAUAUGCCAGCAUUUAAUAAAGUCCACACAAACUGUAGAGGUAAAUGCUCUAAAUACUGUACACAAGGUUAUUUUAGUACAUAAGUUAUUGUAUAUGUGUUAGUUGUAGUCUAAAAAAAAUACAAAAAUUAUAAAAAAAUA